AUGUUUGUAGCCAUCGUCAACCUCCUCAAUGUCCAGUUGGGACCUUCCCCAAAGGAGGCAACUGCGUUACCGAUGGUGGCCCCGAAUGCCCGACCGGAACAAGGAACGAAACAGGUCGGCAACAGAUGCACGGCUAUCACGGUCUUUCCCCCAUCAUGCCCCCCCGGAUUCAAGCUGGACUGCGCCCGAUGCAUCUCUAUAACACCACCGGGGUGUCCUCCUGGCUCGGCUCGCGAUGGGACCACUUGUAUCUCCGUAGAGCCACCCAUCUGCCCUGAUGGCACGACACUAUCCAACGGGAACUGCGUCCACAAGGGCGAAGCUGUCUGCCCCGAGGAAACUCACGUCCAGGGUGACGAGUGUAUCAGCAUUCAGCCACCCUCUUGCCCUUCUGGAACCACCUUUAAUGGACGAGACUGCGCUAUCAGUGGCCGACCAGAAUGUGAGGACGGCAGCCACUUCGACGGUGCUGACUGCACCCGAGUAGGGGGUCCCCCUCCAAGCUGCCCUGAGAACACCAUCUACGACGGUUCACGCUGCGUAUCAAUCACUCCGCCUACAUGUCCCAAGGGAUCGUCUCUGAGCGACGGAGCAUGUGUCACCGGGCAAAGCCCGGUUUGCCCCGAGGAUACGACGCUCGUCGGCGGCGAGUGCAUCAGAGGCCCGCCUGCCUGUCCAAAAGGCCUCGUCCUGAAAGGUACAACCUGCAUCAGCAUCGACCCGCCGGACUGCCCACCCGGUCACCAGUGGCGUGGCGGCCGGUGCCAGGAUACUGAAGAGAAGACCUGUCCUCCUGGAUACAUCCUCAGCGGGGAGGAGUGUAUUUCCGAUGAGACACCAGAAUGUGACUUGGGCACUCAUUUCAACGGAACUGUCUGUGUCGGUGACACUCCGAGUUGUGAGCCUGGAACAGAGUUUGACGGAGAGCGGUGUGCGGCCACCGUGGAACCUAGUUGCCCUCCGGGUACUCACUUCAAUGGCAAGAUCUGCGAAUCUGAGCAGGAACCCGUCUGUCCCACCAACACUACAUGGGAUGCUGAUUCCAAAGAAUGUGUGGGCCAGACCUUGCCGCAAUGUCCCGAAGGCCAGAGAUUCAACGGGGAGCAUUGCACUUUGUCAUCGGGAGACUGCAUGGAGUUUGAGUACUGCCCUCCGGGAAUCAAUCGUGGUUUUCUCACGCCUGAUUGUGGGAGCUCUUAUCCCAGAUGCCAGUAG